AUGAUCCAAUUAGAAAGUGGUUAUCAGUUAUUUAUGAAAAAUAAUAAUUUCUUUAUUUCAUCUUUUUUUCUUCCAUUCAAUUCAUUAAGCUGGUGGGAUGUUGACUAUUCAUUGGCUGAAGCAUGGUAUUAUGGAAAGAAUUUAGGUUGUAGCUUUGUUAUGGAAAGCUGUUAUGCAUACAUGAUGCGAAUGAAACAAGCAGGAAAAAGUACGGAACCCUAUUGUGAUGAACCAGAUACUUUAAAAUGUUAUCAUCAAAAAGCAUUUGGUAUUUGUGCUGUUGGACGGUUUACUCAAAGUUUACCACCUAAUGAACAAUAUUUCAAAGAUCCUUCUCAAGGAGGGUCUGGUGCAUUAACAGACAGAUGUCCUAUGAUCCAGCCUAUGCGAUCCUUUUUCAAUGAACCAAUUGUAACAUACUGUGAUCAUCAGCUUAAUAUUCCUGUCGCUCAAAAAGGAAAUAUGUUUGCUCAAGAUUUUGGAAAUAAUUCAUUAUGUAUUAUGCAUAAAGGAGCAUGGAGAGCUCAAAUGAAUGGAAGAGCAACAAAUGAUCCUCGAGUUAAAGCCACCUGCCAUCAGUAUUCAUGUUCUGGUGGUCUACAAGUGAUUAUUAAUGGUAAACCAUUCCCAUGUAAUUCAGGGGUAGCUACAGUUCAAACUAAUCAAAUUCAAGGCGAAAUUAUCUGCCCUGAUCCUAAUACUGUUUGUAGGAAUAGGCGUAGAUCAAUCAAGCAAUGAACA